AUGUCUAAUCCGUUAGAUACCGAUGCUGGCUCGGAGCUGUUCAGUAGCUACGAGGCCGAGCUGAAGCUGAUCCAUGCCGAUUUGAACCAGACAUUGGAUCAGAUCGCAGAGUCGAGUGGAGAACACCGGAAAUCGAUCAUCAGGAAAGCGGAACGCGCACUAGAAGAAGCUACUGAAUUGCUGGAUCAAAUGCGCAUGGAGAAACAAAACAUUCCCUCCGCAGCACGGUCAAAGGUCAACGCGCGGUUCCGCAACUAUGCCACCGAUCUUGAUGAAGCGAAACGCAAGCUCAAAUCACUUUCGGACGACCGGAAAGCGCUCUUCGGUGAUCGCUACACAGACGACCCGCAGGAUGAGCAUCUGGAGCAGAGACAGCAGCUUCUGUCCGGCACGGACCGCCUGGAGCGUAGCUCUGCUAGACUCCAGGAGAGCCAACGGGUUGCUCUGGAGACGGAGGAUAUUGGCCGCAACACGUUAGCGGAUCUAAACCGGCAGCGGGAAACCAUUAUGCAUACCCGGGGCAACCUGCAGCAAAGCGAAGGAUAUGUUGAUACCAGCAUUAAAACAUUGAGGGGCAUGGCCCGUAGGAUGGCUACGAAUAGGAUAAUUACUAUUGCGAUUAUAACCACCUUGGUCCUCCUGAUUGUUGCCGUUAUCUACAGCAAGUUCCAUUGA